AUGAAUCCUCCAAGCUUGCUAGAGAGAAGAAGAAGUUAACUAACUAACUAUGAGGAACCUACGAAUCAUCUCAUCUCAUCUCUCACGAGCUUUGAGAUCCAUUCAAUCGCACCCGAUCCAAUCCCAUCGGAGCUACUCAUCGCAAUCGGAAAAUGUCUCCAAAAUCGUAACCGAGCUCUCGAACCUCACGCUCCUGGAGACAAUGGACCUCACCGAGCUCCUCAGGAAGAAGCUUGGCGUCACCGAGAUGCCCGUGAUGGCGGCGAUGGCGUUUCCGGGAUCUGGAGGAGGUGGUAGUCCCGGAGCUGCGGCGGGCGGGAAGGGGGAGGAGAAGAAGAAGGCGGAAGCGAAGACGGCGUUCGACGUGAUGCUGCAAGGGUUUGAAUCGGCGUCGAAGAUUAAAGUGAUUAAGGAGGUGAGGACGGUUACGGAUUUGGGGUUGAAGGAGGCUAAGGACUUGGUGGAGAAGGCGCCGACUUUGUUGAAGAAGGGGGUUAGUAAGGAGGAAGCUGAGAAGAUUAUAGAGAAGUUGAAGGCUGUUGGAGCUAAAGUUGAUAUGGAGUGACCUUUUUAGUGUACACAGACCGUAGACCAGUUUAGUCUUCAAUUCACAUGCUAAAGCUUGAGACUUUGGCUGCAGGGACUAUUAGAAUGGAACGAGGAACAGAUGAAGCGUCUGCUCAGUUGUCCUUUUAAGUGUUUAUUACAAUGUAAGAUGUCAUGGAAAGUCUCAUGAGCCUUUUUCUUUACAAUGGUAGAACACACAUUUUUGCCUUCAGCCGAAGGCUUUUAGGAGCAAAGGUUUCUUCUUUUGGAUCAAUAGUUCUAUCAUUUUUUGGUUUGUACUGCGCGCAGUCAUGGAUGAUCUCUUUUCAACAGAAGAUUCAGACUUAAUAAAUAAAUCAUGUUAUUUCUU